GAACGGACCACGAAACCCGAACGAAUUAAGACCCGGGAGUAGGGUUAGGGUUCUGCAUCGGAACUCCAAACUGCCCAUUUUAACCCCGAUCCGGCGAUCGCUCUUCGUCCCCAAGAUCCCUACGGCGCCGGCGAAUCUGGACGGCGGCGAGUGGCUGCAGGAGGGGAUGAAGGUCUGCAUUAAUGACGCCCUUACCGACGACGAGCUCCGAGCAGUGCUCAGCCGGCUGGAGAAGGAGGAGGAGAGGGAUCUGUUUGGGCUCGUCUGCAAGCGCUGGCUCCGCCUGCAGAGCUCUGAGCGACGCCGUCUCCGAGCCCGCGCUGGCCCUGCCAUGCUACGCCAGAUGGCCGACCGUUUUCAGGGGAUAGUGGAGUUAGACCUUUCGCAAUCCGCCUCAAGGUCGUUCUACCCUGGCGUUACUGAUUCGGAUCUUGCUGUCAUUGCUGCAGGAUUCCGGGCUUUGCGUGUUCUUGACCUCCAAAACUGCAAAGGUGUCACUGACGUUGGGAUGAGAACUCUGGGAAAUGGUCUGCCAACCCUCCAGUCACUAGAUGUUUCCCAGUGUAGAAAAAUUACAGACAAAGGAAUGGUGGCAAUUGCUCUAGGUUGCUCAAAUAUGAGAAAACUGCACUUAUCUGGAUGCAAAUCUGUGACCGAUGAAUUGUUAAAAGCUCUAGCUAAGAGCUGUUCGCGCCUUGAAGAUCUAGGAUUGUCUGGAUGCAACAACAUAACAAACACUGGAAUCUCAACUCUUGCUGAUGGCUGUCGAUAUAUCAAGUUUUUGGAUGUUAGUAAAUGUUCCAAAAUUAGCGAUGUUGGAGUUUCCAAAGUUGCUGAGGCUACAUCAUCAUCACUGAAGAUUCUCAAAUUGUUGGACUGUUCCAAAGUCAGUGAUAAAUCUAUCUUUUCCUUAGCUGGCUUCUGCCAUAACCUUGAAACUAUUGUCAUUGGUGGGUGCCGAGACAUCUCUGAUGAAUCUAUAACAUCCAUAUCACUUGCUUGUAGCAAAAGCUUAAGGAGCUUAAGGAUGGACUGGUGCUUAAAUAUCACUGACUCAUCCUUGAACUCUGUGCUGUCAAACUGUAGGCAUCUUGUGGCUCUUGACAUAAGUUGUUGCGAUAAGAUAACCGGUUCAGCUUUCCUGGCACAGGAAGUUUCAGGAUUUGAGUUGCGACUGAAGGUUUUGAAGAUGAGUAGCUGCAUGAGACUCUCAGUUGCCUCGGUAGGUUUGGUACUGCGAUCUUGCAAGUAUCUUGUAUACCUUGAUCUGAGAUCAUGCCCACAAAUUACAAGACAAAGCUGUGAGCAAGCUGGGUUGCUGUUUCCUGAGUGCUGUAAAACAAAUUAUGAUGGUAGUUUAAGCUUAAGCGAACCUAUGGUUGAUAACUUCUUUUAGGAUGUGAUAUUUACUUGCAUAUCAGGUUUCCAUGGGCAAGCUAAUAGAAUGAUCAGCUGCCAGUUGCCACCUUUAUUUACUUCAGCUCUCAUUAUGUUUAUUGUGAAGAAAGAACUUUUCAUUGUCUCUUUGCAACUCUCUAUUAAUAAAGCUCGGCAUAUCAAGCUGUA